UCUCCAAUGUAAACAGUGACGGCAACGUUUUGCAGUGGUGGACAAGAACGUGUACGUCAUUUUUACAAUGGCGGAGGCUGGAUGAGGAGCAGAGAGAGUGUGUAAAGCGGCGUCGUGUUCGGCAGAGCUAUAUAUAUCUCUUAGUGCGUGCACGGUGCCCCCAAAAUGGCCCAGAACCCAAACGCGGUGGGAAAGACGGACUCGGAGUGCGCCGAAACGAGCGGCCCGCAGGCAGAAGGAGGCGAAGCCCACAAGAAGUCAGCGGCAACAGCAAACCAAAAUGGCGAUCAGCCUGGAUGUAGAGACGGUGUAAUGCCCGAACAAGAAGCCCCUGGACGGCGGAGGAGCACGCUGGCGGACGCCCGGAGCUGUAGCAGCUCUCUCUCGCCAGCCCAGAGAUCGAGCGAAGAGCUGCCACGGAAGAAUUUCCAAAUCCCGAGGAAGACGAGAGAACGGAAAGGCCUGUACCAGUUUUUGCCCCCUGACAGUCGGGAGUUUGAGGACCUUGUGAAGAUUAUCUCCUCGUUUUACCUGGACCCCUCUUCACGAGGAAGCUUUUCCUACUGCAAGGCCAGGCUAAUUCACAACGAGCUGCUGGAAAAGGAGUUUAUUGAGAAGAGGAGAGAAAUGAAGCAGGAGGGGCGAAGCGAACAAGAACUCAUCGAGUCCUACUGCUUCCUUUUCCCAGACAAGUCCAAGCUCCAGUGGAUCUGCGAAAAGGGGCUGUCGGUUGCACACUGUAGGAUUACAACCCUUGGGAAUCCAUCAGUGGGUCUUUACCUUUCCAGAUACUCUGAUUUAUUACAAAUGAAUCCCUUUGAAGUGGGCUCGUUUGGAGACAUGAUCAUCUUUAAAGUUAUGAGGGGGCGAAUAAAGCACAUCCACGAGAACAUGCCCAAGAACGCAAUUGAACCUUCGCCCAAGUUUGACUGUCACUUGUCCAAAAGUGCCAAUAGGGUCACAUCUUUGCUGUCCUACAGAGCUUUUGAGCUCACGCAGCAAUAUUUUUUUGAGUUUGCAUUUGACGAGAUCAAGCCACGACCCCGGCACGUGUGCCCCUACGCUGUGGUUUCCUUUCAGUACAAAGGCAAAGAGGCAGCGGCAACUCCUAUGACUUCACACAGGUUCAACGCCAUUUCUGCUGAAGCAAAUAAGGGAAAAAGCUGCUACACUGUGUGGAGCGGGCCACUGGUUAACAAGGGCCAGGAAUUAUUCCCAGUCUGUUUACGGUCCUUCUCACGUCCCUAUCUUCCUUUCAAACUGCCUGAGAAGUUGGAGAUGAAUCGAGGCAUGCAGCUGGAUCAGGUGAAGAGGAAGAUUCCCCCGUUUCUUUUUUCCUGGGACACCUACAGCAUGUCACGGGAAGUGUACAAGUGUGGGAUGUCGUGCAGCCUCUUCGAGGUGCUGGAGGGAAAAGGCAAAGCCACAAAUGGCAGCUUAGCGGCGCUGAUCCAUAAACUGGAGAGGGACCGGAUGGUGCUGGUCAAGUCUCUGUAUGACAAGGGCUUUCUUUUCCUCUUGUCCUCAGCUCAGAUGGUUGAGUCAAAAGAGCGGCGUGGGCGGGUUGAAAAGAAGCUGCAAGCAUUAUUCAUCUUUCAGGAGUCGAGGAUGGUUGUCAAGUAUUCUUCGAGACUGUUCGAGUCGGAGCCGCUGACGGCAGAACCUCAGCCUGCUGCCCUGUCCUCCAUAGAGCCUUUUCUCCCUGCACUACACUUUGCCUUGUUCAAGUUGCGUCCAAACCCAGGCAAAGACCUGAGCUUCGGGGUGGAGCGCCAGGCCACCGAGUACCUAACUCGUAUGGAUUCAGGCACGAUGCGGCCUUUCAUUCUACCGGACUAUAAAUCCAUCGUGGAUGAAAGGACAAACCCUCUCUCAGUGCCCAGACCCAAAUUUAACACGGAGGCUGUACUGCGAUCAUACAUCCACAACUCUUCUAACUACAUUUUACCUAUGAACAAGGCAAAGGACAUAAUGGAACGGAUACGGACCCCCAUUCCUGUACCUCUGCCAGCACCGGUGCUGACCCCUCUUUCAGCCCCAGUGGAAUACAGCCCUGUUUCUGACUGGGGUGGCUCAGACAGGUCAGAGAGACCCCAAGAACGGCUGUCCUUGGAGAGGAUAACCCAAGAGAAACCACCCCCAGACAUCAGCAAACGAAGGCCUAGUUUGGGCCAUUCAAACGGUGCCCAGUUGCAACCCAAACCCAACACUGAACCCCAGCCCUCGUCCCUAAAGCCUCGGCUGCCCCAGAGCGAGUACGAUCAGGACAAGAUGAAACAGCUGCUUAAGCUGAUCCAACUACAUAAGAAGACGCUCGUGAAGGAUCCUGAGAAGGAUCAGGGGGACGACGGGGCCUGGGAUAUCAACAGCCUGAAAAGGAAAUUUGAAGGCGAUGAAAGAGGAAGCGCGAGUAAACACCAACGCACGGAUCAUUUGAGCAACGGUGAACCCAGUAGAGCAGUCCAAGCAGACAACAUUGGAGCCGAGGCCGGGCAGAGUGACAGUCUGACCGCAGUGAUAGAGAGCAUGGGCAUCUAUGACACGGACCUGAGGGCCCGUGACACCUCAGCAGUCAAUGAGACACAGCGCCUGCUCAAAAUCCUCCUGGCCACACUCAACAGGGCCGUAACUCAGGGCUUGGCGCCUGGACAGGCAAACUACGGUGAAUCCUCGGCAACUUCGGGAGUGUUAGAAUCUGUUCUGGCUGAAGCAGCGCUCGAGAGACACACUGAGACAGCACCUCAGACAAACUACACCGAGGAGGAUAUGGACUGUAGCCCUGGUAGUCCAGUCAGCAUGAGCUCCCCACCUACACAACAAACAUACCUCCCAGACAUCCCAUUGGAGAAUACCCCUGCCAAUGAAGACAAAGAGCAGCCUCUUGCCGAGUUGAAGCCUGAGCCAGAGGCCCUGCCAGCUGCAGAAAGUGACCCAAAGCCAAAGACGCCUGCAGCUUUGUAUGUAAAAAAGACCGUCACUCCCACUUUAACGGUUCCAGAGGAGGUUCCCUUUCGUCCCUCCAUCAGCCUGGACACCAUCUUGAACCAGGAAAUUCACAGCCUCACCUCUGACAUAAAAAAUCUCAUGUAUGCUCAGCAUAUUAGCUAUACGUCACGGCUGCCCCCGCGGCUGCCUCUGCGCCACUGCUGGCAGCUCAACAGGCGAUUCUCAAACUACGUCGUGCCCUACGUCACCCCCGUCUCCGUUCAGGGGCAUGUCCAAGAGCUGUGUGCAGAGAUGGACAAGUUGAUCCCAGCUCCACCUGCUCCCUCCAAGGAUGCCUCUCCACCUCCCCCAGAGGCAGAAUCUAACCUUACAACCCCGCCCCCGGCAACAAUUCAGACUUCCAAAACUGAUGCAGACCCGUCGGUGUCGACGGCCUCCUCUCAGAGUGUCAAAACUGGCAGCGACAACAAAGAGACUACGCCCACUGAGGCUAAAACGGAAGCGAUGGAACUGGGAGGAGACAUGUAUUCUCCGUCCCACACCACAGCUGACUCUCCGAACUCCCAAAACACCAGCACCGCUCCUGGCGGCGGGCCAAAUCUGCUCGCCGGCAGCCUCAUCAGUCAGUUGAAACCUGAGGUUUUCACCAGCCUGGUGGAGAUUUUUAAGGAUGUCACCAAGAAUACGGUUAAAUUCUACAUCUACUCUGGGGACGAGGGGGAGGAGAGCACGGUCUGCAAGGAGAUUAAGGAGUACUUAAAAAGUCUUGGCAACAGUGAGUGCAGCCCACAGACCUUUCUGGAGAACAGCGGCAGUUUGGAUAAGCUUCUCAUCAUCAUAAGGAACGAGGACAUAGCUGCACAUGUGCACAAGAUUCCAGCCCUGGUGUCUCUGAAGAAGCUGCCGUCGGUGAGCUUUGCAGGAGUGGACUCUUUGGACGAUGUUAAGAACCACACGUACAAUGAGCUGUUUGUGUCGGGGGGCUUCAUGGUGUCUGAUGAGUUCGUCCUCAAUCCUGAUUGCAUCACACAGGAUCGGUUGCAAGGCCUGCUCAGUUUCUUGGAGGAGCAAAGCACCCCUGAACACCCCUGGCAGUGGAAGGUGCACUGCAAGUCUCAGAAGAAGCUUAAAGAGCUGGGCAGGUUGAAUGCUAAUGCCAUGGGACUCUUGAACCUUCUAACGAUCUAUCAGAAGAAACAUCUGGUGGAGUUCCUCCCAUAUCAUGAGUGUGACACCCCGUCACGUCAGGCUCCAGAUCUGGAAUGCCUGAUCAAGCUUCAAGCUCAGCACACGCAACAACGACACCUCAUCUUCCUCACAGAGAGACCGUUUGAAAUGUUCCUGCAGUACUCCAGGAAUGGAAUAGUGAUCGCGAGCAUUGAUGAUGUGAUGAAUGGUUUUCACAGUCUGAUUGGCUCCAUCAAUCAGAAUGAGCUCCCAACACCCCCAUCUACUGUAGUGAACGAUGAGUGUGUGGAGGAGGAGGACAUGUCGUUAGACUCUGAUGAUGGUGAGCCACCGACCACAGCCGACUCUGUAGAAAAAACCGAGGCCACUGAGGAGAAGCCUCUGCUGCCGCCCCCAACACAGAUGGAGUUGCGUCCUCCGCUCCCAGACCUGCAGUCCACCCCCGAGAGAACCCCGACGCUGGCCGAGUGCACCGCCCUGAAAACGGCCAUCUCUCAGUUCAGAGCUAUCAACCAGAUAGGCUUAGCUUCCUCAGACCUCGGCAGCUUGUCACCAGGUGGGUUUCCUGUAAACACCCACCAGAGCUUCCUGUGCCCCUCCGCCCCGUGGUCCUCCUACACUGGCUCCUCUAGCUAUGUGGCCUCACCAGCCUACCCCGCUUCGCCUUGCAGCAGCACCCAGGAGCAGGAGACCCGUCCCCUGACCACGAUCUCUACUGCAGCUGCAACUCCACCUGUCAUGGCUCCUACAGGACCUCUAGUCAACCUGGCUACCCUCCCAUUGACGGUCAAACCUCCCCCUCCACCUCAUCUCAUCCAGGGUCAGACGUAUGGUUCUGCUGCUGGAGGGGCCGGAGCCGCUGGAACCUCUCCGCUCGUCCCCAUCCUCCCUUACAAAGACCACAGUGACACAGUCCAGCCAGGUUUCAUGGGUGGCGUUGCUAAAAAUGCUGGCGGGACCCCCACGCCUCAGGACAGGACACUCAGCAGAUCUGGUGAUGGUGUGUGGAGCAUGACGGGGUCCGGCACCUGUGAGACUGCCAGCAGCCAGGGUGUGGUCACUUCUAGGCCCGUGGACCCCAGCAGUCUCCCUAAAACUGGGGAAGCUGUUGUGGGUAGCACAGCUGGUGGUCAGGGGUUCAGGACUCAAGUGAACUGCACUGAGAGUCUCGGAGCUUCGGUGGGCGUUCCCCCAGUGGCCGCCAGGGGGGGCUCUAUACCCAGACCUAAGCUGCCGCCACCUCCAGUAGCUGGUAUGGGCUAUGGUACUGUGGGAAGCCUCCCGAGACAUUUGAACCAUGGACCUAUGCGGGGCGCUUUGGCUCCUGGCUUUUUAGGAAACUACAGAGGCAGAGGAGGCCCACCCGCUGGAUUUAUGCCUCGACCAGGACGGGGACAGGAACUGGGGAACGGGGCUGGAGGUGGGCCCUGCUCCUGGGGUUACCCAGCAGGCAGGGGGGGGCCACAGAACUACUACACAUAUUCUCAUAAUUAUACCCCUGAAUAGACAAUCAAUGCGAUCAAAGGGGCACUGCAGACAGCAGAGACACUUGGAGCUGGCUGAAUGUAAAUAUUUCCUUGUCUUGAAGUCGUCGAUUUAAAAUCAGUAAAUAUGGAAUAUGGUUUUCUACAUUAAUAAAAGUUGAUACAGGCAGAGCCGAGUGUCCUACUGUGGUGAAACUGUCUGUACACUCUUUCCAUGUGAGCUGUUUGAAACCCUGUUCAAACCACUAUAUUUAUAUUUGCCAACAAAUAUUAAUGGCCUUCCAGCUUCUCAGAAUUGACCACGUUCUUUCUGUUUGUUCCUGUUUUGAAACGGUUUGUGAACAAGGGGAACGGCAGAUAUUUUUUUAAGGAAAACAACAACAAAAACCCCAUGAAGUUUCACGUCUGCUUUUGGGUUUCUUCCUUUCUUUAUUUUUUAAAUUUUAUCAUUUUACAUAUUCGGUUGUCCAAAAUUCUAUAACAAUAAAACAUUUCAAAUCUUGUUUGUGUGA